CCGUUAAUCAUGUUCAUUUCAGCGCAGUGCUGUCAAGGUAGAAAUAUUUAGUGACGCGAAAUGAUAAAUAACUUACUUAAAUAACUACGCUUUAGCUUUUUAAUGCUAAUAUAUGCGAUUUCAGAGUAGCUACAUAGUACUUAAUUUUAUAUUGGAGUAAUUUGAUGUAUAAAUAAUGAGCUAGAAGAGAAGAAAAGCUUUUAAAAGAUAGGAACCGGAUGUCAUUGGUGCAAUUUCGGAGCUUGGUGACAUUGGGUGAUGUAGUCCAGCGUAGCCUCCUAAUAAAAACCGGGAUAACGUUAGCAUUUUCACGGGAUAAACUAACCAGAAAUUAUCCAUAGCUUUCGACAACAUUUGCCUUAAUAAACGCCUUAUUUUUCAUUAUUGACACGGGUCUAAUUUCGCGUUUAAAUGCAGAUUUACGUGGCUAACGCUGCUACUGUAUAAUGACUCGCGGGUAUCGUUCUAACUAAAUAGUAUUCCCACGCAUUCUACGUCUUUUCCUAUGUCAUCUCGCCUCGCUCAACAAUUUAUCCCACAUGGUGCUUUAAUAUAAGCUGUGUUUUGAACCUAGAAGGCAGAGAGAAGAACACACGGACAUUUAAAAGGACGAAUCUGUGAUGGAUAAUGCACACACAAAAACAGUGGAGGAGGCUCUGGGACACUUCGGAGUGAACGAGUCGACAGGCCUUAGCUGUGAACAGCUUAAGAAGAACAGGGAGCGAUGGGGACCUAAUGAAUUGCCAGCGGAGGAAGGGAAGUCACUAUGGGAACUUGUGUUGGAGCAGUUUGAGGAUCUGUUAGUCCGAAUCCUGCUGCUGGCUGCCUGUAUUUCAUUUACUUUGGCCUGGUUUGAAGAGGGAGAGGGUACCAUCACAGCAUUUGUGGAGCCGUUUGUGAUCCUCUUGAUCCUUAUCGCUAAUGCUAUCGUAGGAGUGUGGCAGGAGCGUAAUGCAGAGAAUGCCAUUGAGGCGCUGAAGGAGUAUGAGCCUGAGAUGGGAAAAGUGUAUCGUCAGGACAAAAAGAGCGUCCAGAGAAUCAGAGCCAGAGACAUUGUACCCGGGGACAUCGUGGAGGUGGCCGUUGGAGACAAGGUUCCAGCCGACAUCAGGCUGACGUCCAUCCGCUCCACGACUUUGCGCGUGGACCAGUCGAUUCUGACCGGAGAAUCUGUGUCUGUGCUCAAACACACUGACCCUGUGCCUGACCCCAGAGCCGUCAACCAGGACAAGAAGAACAUGCUCUUCUCUGGCACUAACAUAGCAGCGGGACGGGCCAUCGGGGUGGUGGUGGCGACAGGAGUUCAAACGGAGAUUGGGAAAAUCCGAGAUGAAAUGGCCUCGACGGACCCUGAACGCACCCCACUGCAGCAGAAACUAGACCAAUUUGGGGAACAACUGUCCAAGGUGAUCAGUGUUAUUUGUGUGGCUGUGUGGGCCAUAAACGUGGGUCACUUUAACGACCCUGUGCACGGAGGCAGCUGGCUCCGAGGGGCUGUGUACUACUUCAAGAUCGCUGUGGCUCUGGCUGUGGCUGCCAUACCUGAAGGCCUUCCUGCAGUGAUCACCACCUGCUUGGCCCUUGGCACAAGGAGAAUGGCCCGAAAAAAUGCCAUAGUGCGCAGCCUCCCCUCAGUGGAGACUCUGGGCUGCACCUCCGUCAUUUGCUCUGACAAAACUGGGACCCUCACAACAAACCAGAUGUCUGUCUGCAGGAUGUUUGUUGUGGAGAAGACUGUCUCUGGAGAUCAGUGCACCUUGAGUGAGUUCACUGUGACUGGAUCCACAUAUGCUCCAGAAGGAGAAGUUUUCAAAGAUGGUGCAGUGGUGAAAUGCAGUCAGUAUGAAGGACUGGUGGAGAUGGCCACGAUCUGUGCUUUGUGCAACGACUCCUCUCUGGACUACAAUGAGGCCAAGGGUUUGUUUGAGAAAGUUGGAGAGGCAACCGAGACUGCUCUCUGCUGUCUCGUGGAAAAAAUGAACGUUUUUAACACAGAUCUGAGAGGACUAAGCCGAUCGGAGAGAGCCACGGCCUGCUGCUCUGUAAUAAAGCAGCUGAUGAAGAAGGAGCUGACCCUGGAGUUUUCCCGAGACAGAAAGUCAAUGUCCGUUUUCUGUUUGUCCAAUAAACUCUCUCGCUCAACCACUGGGGCCAAGAUGUUUGUGAAGGGAGCUCCAGAGAGCGUGUUGGAGCGCUGUAAUUACAUUCGCAUCAGUGGCACUUCCCGUGUGCCCAUGAGCAAAGCACUGAAGGAGCAGCUGCUGUCCACAGUGAGAGAGUGGGCAUCGGGCCGAGACACACUGCGCUGCUUGGCUAUGGCAACAAGAGACUCUCCUCCUGACAUCAAAACACUGAAUCUGGAAAACUCUGCCACCUUUGCUGAUUAUGAGUCUGACCUGACGUUUGUGGGCUGUGUGGGGAUGUUGGACCCGCCUCGUAAAGAGGUGCUCAAUGCAGUGAGAAUGUGUCGACAGGCUGGCAUCAGAGUCAUCAUGAUCACAGGUGACAACAAGAACACAGCUCUGUCUAUCUGUCGGCGUGUGGGCAUCAUCACGGAGCAGGAGGAGGAGCAGGAGGGUCCUGGGGCCACGGGGGGUCUGACAGGGAGAGAGUUUGACGAGCUGCCCCCUCACCUACAGCGUCAGGCCUGUCGGACGGCACGCUGCUUCGCUCGAGUGGAGCCUGCACACAAGAGCCGCAUCGUGGAAUAUCUGCAGAGCCUCAGUGACAUCACAGCUAUGACAGGUGACGGAGUGAACGACGCCCCCGCACUGAAGAAGGCAGAGAUUGGUAUUGCUAUGGGCAGUGGCACGGCAGUGGCUAAAUCUGCGUCUGAGAUGAUUCUAGCAGACGAUAACUUCUCGACCAUUGUGGCAGCUGUAGAGGAAGGACGCGCCAUCUACAACAACAUGAAACAGUUCAUCCGAUACUUGAUCUCAUCCAACAUUGGAGAGGUUGUCUGUAUCUUCCUCACAGCGGCCUUGGGGAUGCCUGAAGCGCUGAUCCCAGUACAGUUGUUGUGGGUGAACUUGGUCACUGAUGGUUUUCCUGCCACAGCUCUGGGCUUUAAUCCUCCAGACCUGGACAUCAUGUCACGGCCUCCCCGCUCCCCAAAGGAACCACUCAUCUCCGGGUGGCUCUUCUGUCGAUACCUCAUCAUUGGCUGUUAUGUUGGAGCAGCCACUGUAGGAGCUGCUGCCUGGUGGUUUAUGGCAGCGCACGAUGGACCCAAAGUCUCCUUCUACCAGCUGUCUCAUUACCUCCAGUGCAGUGAGGGUCAUGAGGAGUUUGCUGGAGUUCAGUGCUCUGUCUUUGAGUCUCCGAUCCCCAUGACCAUGGCUCUGUCUGUGCUGGUCACCAUCGAGAUGUGCAAUGCCCUUAACAGUCUUUCAGAAAACCAAUCCCUGCUGAAAAUGCCUCCCUGGUCAAACCCGUGGCUGAUGGGAGCCAUCUGCCUGUCCAUGGCUCUGCACUUCCUCAUCCUCUACGUGGACCCACUGCCCAUGAUUUUCCAGAUCCGGCCUCUGUCCUGGCCUCAGUGGGUCGUGGUGUUGAAGAUGUCUCUCCCUGUGAUUCUCAUGGACGAAGCUCUCAAGUUUUUGGCUCGUAAUUACAUUGAACCAGGAACACAGAUUCAGUCCCUGGAGGAGGAGGAAGAGCAGCGAAGGAGAGGAGGAGCGGGGGGCUUUGGCACUUGGAUACGGCUGUCUCUAAGGGGUGUGUCCUGGGCGUUUGUUGCAAUUGCAGCUCCUUUGGUUUUAUGGAUCUUCAGUCUGGACUCUGACAUCACCAACAUCUUCUGGGAGUGAAAAAGUUUAAGUUAUAACUUAAACAAGUUAAUAGGAUAUUGAAAGAAUGGUAAGUUAAGCUCGCAAGUUAUUGGGUUGUGAAAAAAGGUUUUGAAGUCAGUCCAAAAGACAAUCACAAAUAAAACAUUGUACAACUGUGUCACUUUUCAUUGUUUUGAAAGGUGCUAUGUGUAGCUUUAGCCAUUUCCUUUUUUAUUAUUACACAGUUCAUAAUAUUAGUAAGUAACUUUUCUGAAGAAUAGAAGGUUUCAGGCCCUCUAAGAACUGAAACUGGUACACAAUAUUAAUAAGUCUUUUCAGACUUGUCACAUUUUUUUCCAGUAAAUUGUACUAAUGGUGUCUAAUGCUGAAGUUAUUUCUUAUUAUUUCAGAAAUAUAUUAAUUAAAAAGGCAGAGAAGCAUCAUGGUACAAAAAAAAUUGAAUUACUGCUGAAAAGUUUGUCGAAUAACUAUUAUCUUAACCACGGGAAACUAUGAUUACUACUAUAAUUUAAGCUUAUAUAGACAAUGCUACACAUAACACCUUUUCAACUGUUGUGCAAUCAGUUUAUGGGCGAAAUGAAAAUACAGGAAUAAACUUUUAAGUACAAUUGCACUCAACUCCAUUAGCUUUAUACCACUACUAAUAAUACUAAUGCUACUGAAAUGCCAACACGUCUUCCCUGUCUAAAAUUCUUGUUGAAAAAGCCAUUUAAAUGUUUGUUUUAACACUAGAGUCAGUCAUGGUAAUACAACUUCCUACUAUGUUUUACCCAAUAACCCCUCUUAGUGGAGUGUGCCAGCAUAGUCCGAAGUCUCCAAUAUUAAAGCCUAUAAUAAAUAGGUCUAGUUUUUCACAAUAUGCUACAUGAAGAUUAAAGCUGCAUUAUGUAACUUUUUUGGAGGAUGGUCUGUCACCUGCUUGUCUCAUAAAAUGUUAUUACUUUUCUUGGAAUGUUCCACAUUAUGAUAUUAACUUGUAUAUCACUCAUUUAGUGUAUUUCAAGCAUUUAUAUUAUCAAAAAUUCUUACUUUGGACUCAUCUACUACCAUGGAAACUGCUAAGUUUAAUGCCAUUUUGAGGAAUAUUCUAGGAAAACACCUGAAAAAUUACACAUUGCUGCUUUAAAUGUUUUUCUUAAUUCCAAUGAAAAGGUUGCGUUGAUAAAGGGUUGUUGGUUGUUGAUUGUUUUAGCAGUUCAUAUGGAAGGAGAAAGAGUUAAAAACACUUAUAAUUUUUACUUAUUUUUUGUAUUUAAGCACUGUUUGCCUCAUUGUGAUUCGAAGCUUAUAGUUUUUUUCUGCCUGUUUUUCUAUUGUUUUAGGUUGAAUUUGUGUCUUAACACGCCGCUUGAAAAAUGCAAAAUUGUGGGAUUUUUUGUACAACACUUAAUUUUAUGUAUUUAUAUGUUUUAUUAUUAAUUAAUUGUGAUGUCAUUAUUAUUUAUUUGUAGGUCAGCUUGUCAUAGGAUAUGAGUGGAACAGGACUUGAUGUUUUGGAAGUUCUUUGAAAGUUGUGUUUAAAUAAAGGUCGCAAAGGGAUUUUGAA